AUGGCUAUCGUCUUCUCUUCGAAGCUCAAGGCGUCCAAGACGCCGGACGCGGACCAGAACUACUACACUGCCUUCUCCAUCUUCUGGGGCGGCCUCACGGUCGGCCUCUGCAACCUGCUCUGCGGUCUCUGCGUCGGCAUCUCGGGCUCGACUGCCGCCAUCUCGGACGCGACUGACCCUUCUCUCUUCGUCAAGAUUCUCAUCAUCGAGAUCUUUGGCUCGGUCCUCGGUCUCUUUGGCCUUAUUGUCGGCCUGCUCAUCUCCGGUUCGGCUAAGGAGUUUGCCUAA